ACUCUCUCUCUCCACUCUUUGAGAAAACUCCCACAGGCGCCCCCGCCCUCCGACGAAUGCCGACCAGGACGAACGCCAGCGCUCGUGUCUCCUUCGUCGUCACCAGUGGCUAGAUUUCGCUAGAAAAAACAGAGAAACCCCGACACUUUUACGACGAUUUUGGGUUGUUGUGGAAUUGAACCAUUCUUGGUGGGUAAUCUGACCAUAUCUUGUGCAUUUCGAUGUUGAUUUUGGUUAAUUUCAUCUGGGUUAUAGUGAAUUUAAACUCUUCGGACGAUAUGUGGUUUGUGGGUUUGUUUGGUUGAACCGUUUGAUUAGCGUCGUGAGGUGGCGUUGGUCCGGCCUGGCGGUUUUGGUGAGGCUUUUCAGAGGUGGUGAUGGGUUUUUUCUCAGAUUCCCCGUGGGGUUUGGCAUGAGCGGUGGCGGCGUGGUCCGACUCUGGGUGGUGAAGUUUGUCUGAGGUGGCGGUGGUUUCAUGGAAAAUCUGAAGGUCACGGUGGGUUUUGGCCUGGGCGGUGAAGCUUCUCAAAAGAGUGAGUUUCCAGGUACGACAACCUCACAGAAGACUCGCUCAAAUUUUUUAACCCAUCCUAAAGAUGGGUCAGAUGGGUCAGAAAUCAGAAUGACCCGACCCAAGUAAGACCCCAAAAUAAAAGCGGCCGAUGACCAACGUGUCAUAUAUAUAUAUAUAUAUAUAUAUAUAUAUAUAUGGAGUUAGUUUAAGAUUGAGGCGCCAACUUGCUCAACUCAAACAAAUACAGAAAAUCAGAAUCAAUCUCUCUCCAUCCUCAAAGAUUCGUCUCUCCUUCCUCAAAGAUUCGUCAUCUCUGCUUGCAACUCGCAAAAAUGGUGAUCACCAUCCACAUCUCACCGAGCCUGUUAAGAGAAGUAUCUGACUUUGUGAAGUUAGUGAGGGAGUACAACAACGGAGCAUUAUAUGAUCCUUUCAACCAAAUAAUUCAAGAUUACGAUCAACAAAGGAUUGACUAUUAUGAAGCUUCUUCAAGAGUUGGCGAGUUAUUCAAUGGUCACAUCCAACUUGUUGAACUUUACAAUGGUCUCAACAAGGAAUUCAUCAUAAACUAUUAUCAUGCCAAACUCUGGGAUCGUUUUGCCAUCAACGAUAAUCAGCGUUAUUUGAACUUUUUUGAAAUUCUCCGAGGCUAUCGUAGUGGGCAGAAGAGCAUGAAGAAAAUGGUAGAAGAGUUAGCCAUACUUUUUACUGGUCAUAUGGAUUUAUUCUUGGGGUUCUGUGAAUUCUUACCGCGUGACUUUGAUUUUGGUGAGUGAGAAAAGGCCAUCAUCACGGAAAAGUUCAAAAACUCAAACAUGUUCCAAUGAUUUACUUUUGUUUCUGUUUCUUCUUGCAUUGUUACUUUUGUGGUUUGGUAAGAUUUAAUUCCUGUAAGAGAGAUUCACAAUUAAUUCAUCAAUUGAUAAUGAUAAUUCUUUUCUAAGUGACAUAGAAAAUGUAUGAUCAAGGAAUGGUGACUAUAAUUGUU